AUGUCUGCCAGACCAACCAUCACUGUCUACAGUGCUAAGGACAAGUCCCAAGUUGGAGAUUCCAUCCCAUUGCCAGAAGUUUUGACUACUCCAAUCAGACCAGACCUCGUUAACGUCAUCCACAAUUCAGUUGCCUUCAACAAGAGACAAGCCAGAGGAGUCUCUCUCCUCGCUGGUCAUCAGACCUCAGCUGAAUCUUGGGGAACAGGAAGAGCUGUUGCAAGAAUCCCAAGAGUUGGAGGAUCUGGAUCUCACAGAUCUGGACAGGGAGCCUUCGGUAACAUGUGUAGAAAGGGACACAUGUUCGCUCCACUCAAGGUCUACAGAAAGUGGCAUCAAAAGACCAACUUGAGAGAAAGGAGACACGCUGUUGCCUCUGCUCUCGCUGCCUCAGCUGUUGCUCCAUUAGUUAUGGCAAGAGGACACAGAAUCGAUGAUGUAACUGAGAUCCCACUCGUUGUUGAUGGAUUCACUGGAACUAAGACCAAGGAUGUCCUCAACGCUUUGAUCACUCUUGGAUUAAAGGAUGAACUUAAGAGAGUUGCUCUUUCCAAGAAGAUUAGAACUGGAAAGGGAAAGAUGAGAAACAGAAGAUAUGUCAAGAGAAGAGGACCACUCAUCAUUCAUGAUAUCACUGAGAAAGACAUUAGACUCGCUGCUAGAAACAUCUUAGGUGUAGAUACCUGCAGAGUUCAAAAAUUGAACAUCCUUCAAUUGGCUCCAGGAGGUCAUGUUGGUAGACUCAUUAUCUGGACCAAGAAAGCUUUUGAAAACUUGGAAACCGUUUUCGGUACCUACAAGAAGGCCGGAGUUGAGAAGGGUGGAUACAGACUCCAAAGACACAUGGUAAACACUGCUGACUUGAGCAGAUUGAUAAACUCUGAUCAAAUCCAAUCAGCCAUCAGAGCUCCAAGAACCCCAGAUACUUUCACUAAGAAGGUCAACCCUCUCAGAAACAAAGAAGAGAAGUUGAGAUUGAACCCAUUCGAACAGAAGAAGAAAGAACUCAACAUCAAGCAGAACGAAGAGAGAACUAAGGCUAGAGCUGCCAGAGCUAAGGAAAACAGAAAGAACAAGCUCGGACAAAACUUCUACAGUGAAUUCGUCAAGAACGUUGAUGCUACUCAGAAGAAGGACGAAGAAGAAUGGUACGCUGUGGACCAACAAAACAAAGAUUCUGAAGAUGGCUCCGAAGAAGGCUCUGACGAAGAUGAAGCCGAAGACGAGGAUGAAGAUGAUGAAUAA